AAUGAAUCUGUUUGCCCCAGUCGAUACAAAUUUAACCACCGAUCUCCCCACCAUCCAUGUAAAUGGAAGCAACUUCGCCCUCUCUAGUAAUUUAAUGAACGAACAUCUCAACAACAGCAGUCUAUUUACAGGCGGCGCUUUUUUGGGUAAGCCCAUUGUAAAUAGUACUGAUGCUGGCUUCUUCGCCAACUACACAUACAUCAAUAAUACCGAUGAAAAUACCUUCAACGAACUGAUCAACAAUUUCACCACCAUCGCAUAUGACUUCGGCAAACAACUGCUAACCACAUUCAUCGAUGUAAAUACUAACAGUGCACCCGCCGCCAACACAACACACAUACCACCGUCACCAGUGUCUGCAGCGACUGGGCAAAAUGCUGGUGAUAUAUUUAGGGGUAACAUAGAAUGGCUGUUUAAUGCCACAAAUUCAUCUUCACUGGAUAUGAAUGAAGGUGAGCGGGGAGUUGGCAGUGAUGUGAUUAAUGUGGCUUUAGUGAAUGUAAAAAACACCAGUACCAGUACAAAUGCUGAUAACUGGGUGCCCAACACACAAAAAAUAUUUAAUAAUUUUGAUCAAGCAGAUGAUGACGAAUUUGGACCAUGCCAUCCAGACAAUCCGAAUUUCAAUUGCAGCCAGACUGAUUUUGUGAAAUUUUUGCUUGGACCGCAAACAUUGCCGCUUUUUAAGGUGUUGCUGCUCACAAUAAUUUUCGGUGUCAUUUUUAUUACCGGAAUGCUAGGGAAUAUUUUGGUGUGCGUUGUUAUUAUACGCCAUCGCACCAUGCACACAGCCACAAACUAUUAUCUAUUCAGUCUGGCAGUGUCGGAUUUAAUUUAUCUACUCUUUGGUUUACCUGCGGAAAUAUUCUUAUAUUGGCACCAAUAUCCGUACUUGUUUGGACUGCCCUUCUGUAAGAUGCGCGCUUAUAUUUCAGAAGCUUCGACGUACGUCUCCGUACUCACCAUAGUCGCGUUCUCUAUGGAACGGUUUCUCGCCAUUUGCCAUCCGUUGCAUUUGCAUGCGAUGAUCGGAUUAAAGCGCGCUGCUCGCUUAAUUGCCGCCCUUUGGGUUGUCAGUAUGAUAAGCGCCAUUCCAUUUGGUAUACUCACGGACAUUCAGUACUUGGUUUAUCCCUUAACUAAUGACACAAUACCAGAGUCCGCCUUUUGUAAUAUGGUCCAUUAUCCUAAUAAUUUUCCAUUAUUCGAGCUAUCGUUCUGUGUAUUCUUUGCCAUACCGAUGUUAAUCAUAAUGAUCUUGUAUCACAUGAUGGGCGCGCAGAUACGGUUUAGUGCAACUCUGCAAUUGGGCGUUCAACGAGUGCAGUCGCGAAAAACUGUUAUACGGAUGUUAUUUGCUGUUGUCGUAACAUUUUUCAUAUGCUGGCUGCCUUUUCAUCUGCAGCGACUAUGGUUUCUCUAUGCCAAAGAAAAUUACUAUUUUCAAGAAAUAAACGAAUGGAUGUUCUCUAUAGCCGGCUUCACCUACUAUGUGUCGUGUACCAUCAAUCCCAUACUGUACAAUGUGAUGUCGCAUCGCUACCGGGUGGCUUUUAAGGACAUACUUUGGGGCAAACGAAAGAGCGCAUACUACAGAAAUGGCUUCACCAAAGACCAGUCCAGCUUCCGAGAGACGACGAUGGCAUCCAGCUUAGGUGUCGGCAGCAAUAGUGCAUACGAUCGAGUGCAUUCAAUACGAGCGCAUUCAAUGCGUCAUGCGAAUAAUAUCAAUGAUCGUAAUUCGGUUAAAUCCAAAGCUGCGCUAUGGAAGAAGGAAGCAGACUACACGAUGCCACUAAAGGCGGAUGCGCCGGAAAACACAUUGAAAUUUAGCAAAAAUGUGGUAGUUAUGGUAGACAAUGGCGGCACCAAUGGACGUCUGAAAGUAUUAACCGAAAACGAAGCUGAGGUAUCAUUGAUGACUAAAGAUAAUGAGACUUGUAUUUAAAUACAUUUCAAACAGACGCAAGAAGACGUAUGUAUGAAUACUAAAGAAACGGCGAAUUGAUUUGAGGUGCUUUCAAUAUAUGAGUAGAUUUGUAUUUGUAAGUUAAAAAUAUUGGCCAAGGGCAAAUGGUCUUCAAGCGUCAUUACGCAACUUGUAAAGCAACGGAAUUUGUUGAAGCAAACAAAACAGGGUACUGUGUAAAUGUAAAUGCAUUUGAAAUAAUAAUUCCUCUUUGUAAAAUAUAAAUUACUGUGCGGCUAAGCAUGUACAAGAUGGCGCAAAACUAAUUAUUCGAUUUUAUUUUUGAAUAACUUUUUUAUCAAACUAAAAAAUAAGAGUUUGGGGAAUAGAAUUUUUUUUUUAAUUUUUACGCGCUCCAGCACUUGUCUAUUUGUGUACUACAGCUUUCUAGUUCACGAGUGAAAAAAAUGAUUGAUGUACAUCGCCAUUUGCAAAAGUUAGGGUGAUUAAUUUUGCGCCAUUUUGUAGCAUAAUUAAAUGAUGUCAAAUUACGAUUCUAGAGCUCUAUCCGAAAAAUUUGCAUUUCAUACAACCUCUAAGAGUACUCAACUCAUGCUUACUAACAUAUAAUUUUAGAUAACCUGCAUACUUUCCGUGCUGUCCCGCACUGAUACAUUCUUAAGGCCAGUUUUUCAGUUGUAGUUUUACCGUACUUAA